CAACCCGUAGCAAUACCACAAGUCCUGGCGUCGAGCCCAUUCGAAUCCAAGUAUUCAUGCAAAACAACAUUGCCACUUUCCCAAAGUGCUAGAGAUCGUUGACACAUUGAAUAAAGUAUAUUUUGAGGGUUGGCCCCAAUGACUUCUGUGACACUAUCGUGAAGGCUAAAGCAUUACUGGCCACGUGACUCUAAUCAGCACAGCAGGGCAUGCGGUGUUCCCACCCCCAUAUUAUAACUUUAACACUCUUCUGCCCCACGUACGCUUCUUUUCCUUCUUUCCUUGUCUAUCAUCAUGUCUGCCGAUACACUACAACACCACCUUGUACAGCCCUAUAAAUCACUUGCCAAUAAAGCAUCCGAAGAAUACAAGCGAAACUAUGAAGAAUGGCAACCUAUUGUCGCUGAACUCCACGAGCGACUUGAGGAAGCGACGGCCGAAGGCAAAGAAAAGCACAUCAAGCUACACAAAAAGCGUGGACAGCUUCUUGCUCGUGAGCGUGUCGACCUCCUUCUUGACGAAGAUUCGCCCUUCUUGGAAUUGUGUCAGCUUGCUGGAUAUGGACAAGACGACAUGACGCUAGGUGGUUCGAUCGUUGGUGGUAUUGGUCUAGUCUGUGGCAUCGAGUGCAUGGUCAUUGCCAGUGUCCCCACUCUUGCAGGUGGCUCUAUGAAUGAGACAUCCGUACUCAAAGGUGGUCGACUUGCCCAAAUUAUUCAUGAGAACGGUUUACCUGUGAUCAACCUGACGCAGUCGGGUGGAGCCAACUUGGAGCAACAAUUCAAAGUGUUUCAUAGAGGUGGAGGCGGCUUCCGCAAUCAAGCUAUCUUAUCGAAGAGUGGUGUUCCGUCGUGUUGCGUUGUGUUUGGAAGUUCAACAGCUGGAGGUGCUUACACGCCUGGCAUGAGUGACUGUGUCAUCAUGGUAAAGAAGCAGGCUCAAGUAUUUCUGGGUGGACCUCCUCUUGUGCAAAUGGCCACUGGAGAGGUAACGGAUGCUGAGAGUCUUGGAGGAGCUGAUAUGCACUCUCGCAUUUCCGGUGUGAGUGAUCAGCUUGCGGUGGAUGAGUUAGACGCCAUUCGAAAGGCCAGGGAAUGGGUAUCCAAUUUGAAUUGGACUAAGGUUGGACAGCUGCCUCGACGCCAUCUGCUAAGCAAUUUCGAAGAACCACUCUAUCCUGCUGAAGACAUUCUCGGGGUUGCCUCUGCCAACAUUCGUGUACCAUUUGAUGCCAUGGAAGUCAUUGCUCGCCUUGUGGACGGAUCCCGCUUCACUGCAUUCAAGCCUCUCUAUGGCGUCAAUUUGAUAACUGGCUGGGCCUUCAUCCAUGGCAUUCCUGUUGGUAUCAUUGCCAAUAACAACGUACUGUUCACCGCCGAGAGUAACAAGGCAACGCAAUUCAUUCAGCUGUGUAACAUGAAACACACACCGUUGGUGUUUUUGCAAAAUAUCACUGGGUUCAUGGUUGGCAAGCGGUAUGAAGAAGACGGUAUUAUCAAGGCUGGAGCCAGAUUCAUCAAUGCUGUCAGUAACUCCACUGUGCCCGCCAUUACCAUCAUGAUGGGCGCCUCAUACGGAGCUGGUAAUUAUGCUAUGUGUGGACGAUCCUAUAACCCGAGAUUCUUAUUCUCCUGGCCAAACUCCAAGUGCUCCGUCAUGGGUCCCGAACAGCUUACGGGUGUGCUGGAUCUAGUGAUGCGCCAAGCUGCCAAAAGAGCUGGUAUUGAGAUCGACGAAGAAGUGGCCUCAACUCGAAAACAAAUGUUCCAGUCGUUGGUAGAGAGUGAAUCUGAUGUGUAUUACACUUCAGCCCGCAUGUUGGACGACGGUAUCAUUGAUCCUCGUGAUACUCGUAGUGUGCUUGGAUUCUGCCUCUCUGUGGUUUAUAACAAGGAAGUCAAAGGAGGCAAUCUAUAUGGUGUUAGUCGCAUGUAGACGAUCAGGGUAGAUUAGAGAAAGCAAAGGAUGCUAUAUAUUUGUAUUUAUCUGAUGAAAGAAACCCCAUAAUAUACUGUGUAGAUUGUUGUUCAGUUCACG